UCCUUGCUAACCUGCAGCAGCAGAUAUUUUUGGUGAUAGGAAGUAGAUUUUUACCCCGUGAGGUAGUGAGCGAGUGAUGCUUCGCGGAACUCUGUCUGUUGUCACGCUGAAGACUUUUGGCGUUGCAUUCUCGCCAUAGCUCCCUAACAAAGCAGCGUUUGGGCUUCUUCCUUGCCCUUCCUCUUGCCUGCGCAACGUUUACCUCCUCCUGAACUCUCUCCGCCCUCUUUCCCUCGCCGUGUUCACCAUUUCCUCCCUUUCCCCCCACAACAGCUGCCCCCUCCUCCCAUCUUUCCUCGUCCGGCGUGGUUGGUCUCUGCUCGCCCUGCGUCCCUCUCCAGCGCCAUGGCCGUGAGACAUUAGGUGGUAUUGUUUGCAUGCAUUCUUUGACCUCAAGGUGGAUUGCGCGACUGAAGAGCGUGCAGAGGGAGAAGAGAAGAGGAAGGGUGAAUGCAUGCAGGCAUUUUGGAGUCGAGUAUUUUUCACCCACCACCUGUGACCAUCUGGCUGGUCGGUCGGUUUUAGUGAAUCUGGCCGAAUAGGGGAGAACGAAGGAAGGAAAGAUCGUGAAUGGGCGUAGUUCGUGACCUGACCUGUAGAGGCAACGGACGAAUUGAUUCGUAGGGAGUACGAAGACACACAGAUCUGGACCUGUGGUUUGUUUGCAGUUCGGCCGGGGUUGUCGUUGUCCUCGUUGCGGAGUGGAACAUUGAGUCAUCCUCUUACGCGCUUAUUCGUGAACGGUGCUCGGAAGAGAGCGAUUUCUCCGAAGAAGUAUGGUAGUGUAGUCUGUCAGCCGGGGUUAGUAAGGAAGUCCGCUAGUUUGUUUGGCGGAAGAGGAGGAUAAGGCGUAGGACAGUGAUUGGUUUGAUAUUAGAAAGACCCCCCUAUCCAAUCAAUCCCACCCAUUCGACGGCGGACUCUGUGAUUUUUUUGUUGUCCCUUUUGAGACAUCGCUCUCACUUGCUCUGUGCUCGCUGGAGGGCUUAGGACAGCUGUCUAGCGGUGGUUUGCAUCAGACAUUAUAUCAUUUGGUGAUCUCGAGAAAGCAUUCUUCGGGGACCGAAAAGCUUCCACUCACACUUCGUGCUUUUCCGCGUCCAGUAUUUGGUUUCUCUUUGUGAUUUCAGACACGUAGUGUCUUCAUCUCAAGACACGCGCUGAAUCAAUUUCGGAGCUUAUCGCUGCGACCUAGGGCUUUUGGGGUCCGAGGAGGAAAGAAGGGAGGAGUGUCGAAAGAAACGCACAUCGACAUCGGGAUUGAUCACGGUGAUCUAACGAGUUUCAGAUCCUUAGUAUCUUCCACAUCCGGGGCUCGUGUAUCUGGUCUAUUCAGGAUAUGUGGUUUCGACGCACAACAAACGUUCUCGGUUUGGGUGCAUUCCUAGCAAUUGACAGAGAGCGGGAUAUUGGUAGACGCUGGUGACGUUACCUGAUUAGUGGGUUUGCGAAUGAGUCGGGUUUCAUCGUUUGUACGCAAUCUGAGACACUUGAGGAAGGGGGGCAAGGCUCCGCAGUCUAUUUACAUAGUGUAAGGAGCGUCGAGGUUUCUGUGACUAAGCUGAGCAUAGCUGGGGAAGCUUGAGAGUAUGGAGUCAAUGCAGCAGUUACUGCCUGGGACCAUAGACAAAGCCGCACCCGAUUUGGCUAUCACGGGGGACAAGGCUGCCGAUACGUUUUCCAAGAAGUUUGGAGAGUCGGUGUCGUCUCCCGCAUUGAGUGACGCCGACGCAAUUCCUGAAGCCUCCGACGCAGGUUGCUACACCGAGUCUGAGUGGGCUGGCUCGGAAGAUAGUGCAUGUUCUAUAGAAUCAGAUGCAUCGUCGAACGCCAUUAGUAGCAAUUCUCUUGUAUCGGACGCAGACUCUUUAGCUCCAUCUUGCGACGAGAAAAUUGUGGAGAAGUGUCCUUCAGGUGGUUCCAUUGUCACCUAUGACGAGGCUGUCUCGAAAGCAAACGCCGAGGGGGAAUGCAAAGCCGCGGAUGACAGGCCACGGCGAGCGAAACGCGGUCAGACAGAUACGCAGUUCGACGAACAAGAUACCAGCAUCAAUACGGCGCCUAGAGUGGAGGAAUCCGCUGGCAAGGCGUGGACAGAUGACAAACAUUGCUCUUAUCUCAACUCUAUCGAGGCAACUUUCGUCCGUAGCCUCCUCAAGCAAGACUAUCGAACCGUGGACUUGUCAGAGCAGGACCAGGACUGCGUGGAGUCCCGUCCCAUGGAUCCUAGCUACCUCGCUUACCACCAUGGACCGGGCGAGUUAUUCACCUCUUUGCAAAGAGGCUGCUAUGACCAACGGGAGUAUUACAGGCCACAUUACAUUUUUGCACCCUCCUCGCCGCCUGCGGUGCUCGCCAGCCCGUGGAUCCAACAUUUCAACCCCAGGAUAGCUCCUUCUACCGCCGUCGGUGGUGCGGCGCAAGAUAUGUUCCCGGGACACACGAGCUCGUCUUCAGGAUUUGCCGAUGGAGCUCAUUGUAGCAACUACAUGUACCAAGGGGUAAUGGAGGAAGUAAUGGAAAGCGUUCCAGUCCUUCCGGAUUUUCCCCCUCCUCAAGGGUGGAAUAGUCGUUUCCAGAGCCAGCACAAUGCAUCAACCAGUGCACCCGUCAGGCCAGAUACGAGCGCUCAAGCGAAGAAGCGUAAUCUGGACCCUUGCGCAGAAGUCAUGUACCGACCGAAGAAACUCAAGUCAACUCAGCAGAAGCUUGCUGAAACCGAUCUGGAAUUAGAGGAGCAAUUCGUCCUCAAACAGUUGAAUCAAAAGGAAGAAGGGAGCCGUUUAGAUAUCAGAGAAAGUGGAAGCCGUUUAGAUUGCAAUAGUAAUCCUGAUAGAUCUAAUCACCUAGAGAAGCAAAUUUUGCAGGGCUCGCUACCCACUUCUCAUCCCAUGGGGAAUGGGGAUAUGCCUCAGGUCGAGAAACCUUCUGCGCAGGAAGAGCGGUCUAACUCUAGAGAGCAAGAGGACGAUCGAAAAAGGAUGGGAGAUGGGGAAUCAGGGGACGGUAAGAGUCCAGCGAGCUGUGACGGGGUUCCAUCCCAGAAGGAUGUGGUGGACGGUAGUGGCCAGCUGACCGGAAGUGUUGAAGACAAGGGUUUCAAGGGUGAGAGCGUGCAGCAACCUGCCGUCACUGGAGCUCGGCUAAAGCUCUCUGUAGACGAGAGUAUUGUAAAGUGCCAAGCGGACUUGGGAUACGACGAGCAUGACGAGUGCAACUUCGUCGCGAAAAGGAGUCCUCGUGCCUGUCGGACGUACACAUGGGGAAUCAUGGGAAAUCGCCGACCUCUACUUCCCGGGAAUGCCAAAGACAUUAGAGAAGACGAGACUCUAGCCAAGGAGCAGCAACAGUGUUAAAUGCUCGACAGCUAAUUUUGUAAGAUUUAGGGAUUGUUUCCGGUGAAUCGUGCCAGUGACCUUUUACAUGGUUGUCCAGGACCCUGGGGGUGAACAGUUGAGAUUAGAGCAUGGUGCUUAUCACCCAUUGAUUACAUUUAGACCUUUUGGCCAAUUGCCACGUGAAAGUUAGUACAUAGGUGUAUAUUCAAUCUGAAAAUGCAGCGAGCAGCUUGUGAAAAUCGAUCUGAAGAUCAAGUCACCACGCCCCACCUUUACCUUCAGACACUUGUACAGCUCAUUUUUGUUUUCAAGUUCCUC